GUGUGUUAGAUUACACCCCCGAAGGGGGUGAAGGUUCGAGCCCUGGGCUGUGUAAACAUUUUUCUUUUGCUUGUAAAAUUUUUUUCUAAGUCUCCCAAAUUUUUUAAAAAAUGUCUUGAUGGUUAAGUGGAUAAUGGGGUGAAUUUUGUUGAUAAAAAUAGGUCGAUGGUUCGAGUCCUACCACCUCUAAUAAUUUUUUUCUUUAAAAAUUCCCUCAAAAUUUUUGUUUUUCUAGAGGGUAGUGUUGGGAAAAAAUUUCGAAAAAAUUUUUUCGUUUUUUUAAAGAAUUUUCUUUUUCUAGAAAGAUGCCCAGUUUGUUCACAUGAUAAAGCCUAUUUUCAACAAAUACAAACUCGAAGUGCUGAUGAACCUAUGACAAUAUUUUAUCGUUGUGCAAGUUGUGCGCAUAGAUGGAAGGAAUAA